GUUUAAGAACAUGACUCUGGAAGCAAUUAAGUACAAUAAUGGAAAAUUACAAAUAUUGGAUCAGCUUCUUCUUCCUAACGAGACUAAAUAUAUCGACAUUUCUUCUGUAGAUGACGGAUGGAAGGCGAUAAAACUCAUGCAAGUACGAGGAGCCCCUGCGAUCGCCAUAGUAGGAUGUCUAAGUUUAGCAGUGGAAUUGAGGAAACUAUCCUUUUUGAACGUAGAUGAAGCAUCCCGAUUUAUUGAGGAUAAGUUGAAGUACUUGGUAACAUCCAGACCAACAGCAGUCAACAUGGACAAAGCAGCGAAAUACUUCAUAGAGAAAACAAAGUCAUUAGCUAACAAGGGAGAUAACUCUGUACAAAAUAUGAUAGAAAAAAUAGUGACUGAAAUAGAAGAAAUGCUUCCAACAGAUAUUGCUGUGAAUAAAACCCUGAGUAAAUUUGGAGCAGAUCACAUAUUGAACAUCUACAACAAACCAGUUGAUGUCCUAACACACUGCAACACGGGGUCUCUAGCGACGGCCGGAUACGGAACAGCUCUGGGUGUAAUUCGAACCUUACAAGAAAGGAAUAAACUGAAUAACGUAUACUGCACGGAGACUCGUCCGUACAACCAAGGGGCACGACUGACCGCUUAUGAACUCGUGUACGAGAAAAUGCCUGCCAUUUUAAUCUGUGAUAGUAUGGCGUCAAUGUUGAUGAAACGCAAAGGAGUAUCGGCGGUGGUUGUGGGCGCUGAUCGGGUGGUUGCCAAUGGGGAUACUGCUAAUAAGAUCGGAACCUAUCAGUUGGCUAUUGUAGCAAAGCAUCACGAAGUACCAUUUUACGUUGCAUGUCCUUCAACUUCGUUUGACCCAAAGCUAAAGAAUGGAGAUGAAAUUCGAAUAGAAGAAAGACCACACGAAGAAAUGACACACAUUAAAGGAGUUUCUAUCGCUGCACCAGGAAUCAAUUGCUGGAAUCCUGCUUUUGAUGUGACGCCCGCUUCUUUGAUAACUGGGGGGAUCAUAACAGAGUUUGGUGUGUUCAAACCCUCUGAGCUAUUGGACAAACUAGAACCACUAUUACAAAAUCAGCAAUUACAGAGUGGAAAUUCCUCGUCGUUAAUAUAUGGACUGACGACGGACGGGUGCGAGGAUGGAUGGACGUUCUAUAAACACUUGUGCUACCAAAUAAAUCUAGAUCCAUACGGACUCAGUCAAAAGGAAGCCGGCGCUGUCUGUGUGUCGAAGAAUGCGGCUCUAUCCAGUAUAUGGGACAAGAAAGAAAGUCAAUUCAUUGCCCAAGAGUUGCUCAGUAUAACUAAUGCCAAUCGCGCAUGGAUUGGUCUGAAGCAAGAGAAGCGGGAAAAUAGGUACGUCUGGACCUGGGUUGAUGGAUCUAUCGCAGACACCGCAAGCUGGAAAUAUGGAGACACAGAGGACACUGUUGGACUGUGUGGAACCAUCCUCCGAGAUGGAACUCUGGACCUACAGAACUGUACGGAAUCCAUCCAGUUCUUUAUAUGCAAGAAAAAUCUUAAAAUGUGGUAUGUCGUCAGUGACAUAUUUGAAAAUGAAUACCGUGAUGAAGAUUUCAGUAAGGAACCACAGAAGUUAAUGUUUGAGAGGGUGUGGACUCCAAAACUGGAAUACGUUCAUGAUUAUCUGAAACACCUAGCCCAGACGACGGUCUCCAAGGAAACGGACUGCGCAUAUAAAUGCUUCCGGGCUGAUGCAUGCAGGGCUUUUUCCAUCCAGUGCAAAGUCAACUGGAAAUGUGAAAAGUAUGACUGUGAAGUUUACCGUCCAAUUACUUUAUGAAUAAAAAUCAUUUAAUUUGACUUUU